ACCAAUCCCACCCGCGCCGCCGCCUUCUCCAGCUCCUCGCCGCCGCAUCCGAUCCGACAAGGAAGGGAAGCGAGAGCUCGAGGUCACCCUCACCGGCGGCGAGCGAUGGGCCACUCCAACGUGUGGAACUCCCACCCCAAGAACUACGGGCCCGGCUCCCGCGUCUGCCGGGUCUGCGGGAACCCUCAUGGGCUGAUCAGGAAGUAUGGGCUCAUGUGCUGCAGGCAGUGCUUCCGCAGCAACGCCAAGGAUAUUGGCUUCAUCAAGUACCGCUGAAGGCCAUUUUGCCUCGCCGUUGAGCCUGAGAACUCCGCCUGAACCAGAGAAAUGGAUCUUUUAGUAUAAUACUACAUUUAUGUGGUUUAGCUUUUGUUCGGAGUACCGUCCUAUUAAACAUGUUUAAGUUUUGAUGGGAACCAUGAGGUUGUUGAACUAACUUUGUGAUCAAAUAUUGAAGUACUCUCUUAUGUUUGAGGUCUUGUGUAUUUGAUACUACUGUGAUGGCUCAGUUACUGGUUUACAGCAUUCCAGCUUGUUUCAGUUUUUUUUUA